AGCAUGAAGCUCUAACAAGGCCAACGACUAUUUGCAUGUCAGCAGAGCAUCGAGGUCAAUACCGAAAGACCAAUCCUUCCUCGUACAUCGCGCGCCCUCCUUUGGAGUGUCUGCCGAACAACCUCACCGUUCCGAUCGCGCCCGCAUAAUUCCUUCGCAUUCCUAUAACGAUCGAAGAUGUUCUCCAGCUUAGGGGAUAUGAAGCCCAGGCAAUUGCUUGUCCAGGUGCUUAACUUUGGCUUAGUACUGAGCACGGCGUUCAUGAUGUGGAAAGGUCUCAGUGUUUUCACCAACAGUCCAAGUCCGAUCGUUGUCGUGCUCAGUGGAUCAAUGGAGCCAGCUUUUGAACGUGGAGACCUUUUGUUCCUCUGGAACCGAGGAAUGGACACGCAAAUCGGUGAAAUAGUAGUCUACAACAUCCAAGGCAAAGAUAUUCCCAUCGUCCACCGUGUGAUACGAAGAUUCACCAUCGACGAUACUCUACAUCUUUUGACAAAGGGCGACAACAACGCGGCGGAUGACACCGAAUUGUACGCAGCAGGCCAGAACUUUCUCAAUCGUGAGAGAGACGUGAUUGGCAGCGUAGUAGGCUAUGUCCCCCUUGUCGGAUACGUGACGAUAUUACUAAGCGAGUAUCCAUGGUUGAAAACGGCGAUGAUAGCGAUCAUGGGGUUGACAGUGGUGCUUCAGAGGGAAUGAGUUGAGCGCGAAAACGAGGAGCAUGUACCUCGAUUGUUUGAGUGCAAAUAGCAAAAACAUGGCUUGGCGACUGUUUGGGAUUUGUGAAGGAGGGCGCGCAAUAUUACCUUUCCUGGGUUAAUUCAUUGGAGCGUCGAUGUCGAAUCUAAACAAGGCGACUGGUUCAUCAAGGACCAAGAAAACAGCAACAAAGAUAUGAAGAUUCAAGCAAUGCUUUCUCGCGACUGCUCCCAUCCCCGGCACGUUUCCGCUGAAAGGAAGUCCAAACGUAUUUUGUGCUUCCAAACGUGAAAAUGGACGAAGGUGGUUUCUGCAACGCAAAAAUGGCACUGACCGUGCUCUCGGCGGGAUUCGCGACCGAAGUCACGGCGAAAGGUCCCCCCGUU